AUUUUUCAUAUUAAAUAUAAGUUUUGCAGUCACUGAGGCUUCUGCAUCUCAAUAAAUCGAGCCAUGGUCUGGCUAGGGCGGCGCACACUGGGGGGCCGGGCAGCGGAGCGGGGCGGUCUUUGCAGGACCGCACGGAGACCGACAGGUGGCGAGGACAAAGGCAGAGAGCAGCCGCGUCGGGGCGUACGUGUCGGGGCGGGGCCUCGGGCUGCGUCUGGGGCGGGGCCUCGACUGUCCGGUCCUCCCUCGGGUCGCGGGCAUCUCGCUCAGGCCGUCCAUGGCUCGUCCGCGUGUGCGGCUGGUGGUCACUGCAGACGACUUUGGCUACUGCCCGCGGCGCGAUGAGGGCAUCGUGGAGGCCUUCCUGGCGGGGGCCGUGACCAGCGUGUCCCUGCUGGUCAACGGCGCGGCCGCAGAGAGCGCGGCGGAGCUGGCCCGCAGGCACCAAAUUCCCACAGGCCUCCACGCCAACCUGUCCGAGGGCCGACCGGUGGGCCCGGCACGCCACGGCCCCUCAUCUCUGCUCAGCCCCGAAGGCUUCUUCCUCGGCAAGAUGGGAUUCCGGGAGGCUGUGGCGGCCGGAGACGUGGCCUUGCCCCAGGUGCGGGAAGAGCUGGAGUCCCAGCUGAGCCGCUUCCGGGAAUUACUGGGCAGGGACCCCACGCACGUGGACGGGCACCAGCAUGUACACGUGCUCCCAGGUGUAUGCCAGGUGUUCGCAGAGGCGUUGCAGGCCUACAGGGUGCGCUUCACACGCCUGCCUAUGGAGAGAGGGGUGGGCGGCUGCGUGUGGCUGGAGGCCCCUGCGCGCGCCUUCGCCAGCUCCGUGGAGCGCGACGCCCAGGCCGCCGUGGGCCUCUUCUCCCGCCACGGACUACGUGUGCAGAAAGGAGGCCAUGGUCUUGCCCUGGGACAGCCUGGAACCAGACCUGGAGGGGGUUCUGUGACUUCCCUGGGCAGGCACUGCGCUCAGGUCCUCACGGCUCAGUGGCAACCAGAGCUUUGGGAACCUCUGUUGGGUACAGAUGGACCAGCCUGUGACAUCUGGGCCUGGGGCCUGCCAAGCAUUUGGUGCCCUUCGUAUUGCUAUGUAGUCAUCUUCCUUGAGGUGUAGUGAAGAAAGAUGACUGUAUUAAUAAAAUAACAUACGUGUCUUAUAAAGUUGGGUGAUUUAUAAACUGUGCCCAGAAAACCUUCACAGACACAAGAAGGUACAAAAGCAACUCCUUUGGGGCCCAAACCAGGUCAUUAUUCCAGAA